AUGUCAACCUUCGGCGUCAUUAUCUCGGGCCGCCCCAUACUCACAGACGCACAAGUCGUUUCCCCAACACAGCUCGCCUACCAGAUCCCCGCGCAACCGUCGUUCUCGCACAUCGUCGUGUUCCUGCUCCCGGGCGCCGCGCUGCCCGACGGCACCGCGGCCGCUGUGUACGCGCAGCUGCCCGGGCGCAGUGAAUUCAGCCUGCUGGGCGCCAUCGCGAACGAGAAGCCGAGCGCGAUAUUCAAGGUCCGGAGCGCAGGCGCGGGCGCGGGCGGCGACGCAAUGGUCAACGAGGGCGCGAGCGCGGCGCUGGCGCUGGGCAUUAGCCUCGAGCCUGCGGCGCAGGUUGCGGCGGCGCUGGAGCAAAAGAGCGCGCUGGAAGCAAGCACAGGCGCAGGUGCAGCUGCGGGCACAAUGGUAGUCCACGGGCAAGGGCAAGCGCAUGUGGACCAGAAAGUGCUCGCACAGCGCAUCAUCAAGAACUGCUACGACUUCCUGACGAGCUGGGGCAGCGGCGACACGGUGCCGCUCAAGGCGUUCCAGGCGUGGUGGACCAAGUUCGAGGGCAAGAUUGCGCGGGACCCCGGUUUUCUGGAGCGCAGCGACGGUGGGUGA